AUGUCAAAACAGUACACCAUUGUGAUCAAGUUGGGCACGCUGUCCCUCGUGGACGAGGUGACUCGUGAACCCCGGAUCGCCAAUUUGUCGAAUAUCGUGGAAACCGUUGUCAAACUCAGAAGAGCAGGCCACCGGAUCGUCGUGGUGCUGAGUGGCGCCAUUGCCUUUGGCAUGAAGAGGGUCAACACCCAGGACAGACCCAAGCAGUUGGCGGCGUUCCAGGCGUUGGCCUCGGUGGGCCAGGGCCGCUUAAUUGGCCUUUUCGACGACUUGUUCAGACAGUUGAAUCAGCCCAUUGCCCAGAUCUUGCUCACCCGAAACGACAUCGUCGACUUUGCCCAGUACCGAAACGCCACCAACACCUUGAACGAGCUCUUGGCCAUGGACGUGAUCCCCAUUGUCAACGAAAACGACACGUUGAGCGUGGCGGAAAUCAAGUUUGGCGACAACGACACGCUUUCGGCCAUCACCGCAGGCAUGAUCCACGCCGACUAUCUCUUUUUGAUGACCGACGUGGAGUGCUUGUACAGCGACAACCCGCGUCUGAAUCCCGAGGCCGAGCCCAUUGUGGUGGUGGACAAGAUCGACGACAUCACCGUUAGUACUGAGGAAGAGGCUGGCGGAAGCAAGGUCGGCACCGGCGGCAUGACCACCAAGCUCAUUGCCGCGGAAUUGGCCACCAACGUGGGCGUAACCACCAUCAUCACCUUGUCCCUGCAGCCCCACUGCAUCUUGGACAUUGUGCUGAACAUCCAGGACACAGACGAGAGCUGGACUCCGGCGCAGCAGGCCAAGUUCGUCGAGCAGGAAAUCGACAACGGCAACAUCCCCUUGCACACGCGGUUCUUGGGACUUCCUCGCGACCAGCAGAUCAAGCUGGAUAGACGUUUCUGGCUCUUGCACGGUCUCAAGACCAAGGGCACCAUCUACAUUGAUCGCGGCUGUUUCCAGGCGCUCACCAGGAAAGACAGAGCUGGGCUUUUGCCUGUGGGCGUUGUGUCUGUCGAGGGCAAUUUCAAUGUCCACGACUGUGUGUCGAUUGAGGUGUUGCCUACUCGCGAGAGCGAUCCAAGCGAAGGCGUGGAGGUGGGCCACUGUAGAGUGAACUACUCGAGUGCCGAAAUCGAGUUGAUCAAGGGCCACCAGCUGGCGGACAUCGAGAACAUCUUGGGUUUCGCUGAUUCCGAGUACAUUGCCCACAGAGACAACUUGGCCUUCCCACCUUCGCUCCCCACGCCUGCCACCGAGUUGCAGGAGUUGACUUUGGACGACGACAACGAGAAGAAGUCCGAGAAGGCCGUUUCCGCCUAG